AUGAAGAAGGUAAAGGCUAUCGAGGAGAAACUCAAAGCAAUGGAAAGCACUGAUGCUUUGGGUCUUGACGCAGCAGAAAUAUGCCUUGUUCCUGGUGUUGUCAUUUCAUCCAAGUUCAAAGUCCUAGACUUUGAAAAAUAUAAGGAAAACAGUGACCCUAAGAAUCACAUUAGGGAAUACUGCCAAAACAUGGCUGCUUAUUCUAGUGAUGAUCUACUAUUAAUGAUUUUUUUCCAAGAUUCCCUUAGUGGGGCAUCAUUGGAUUGGUAUAUGCAACUCGAGGGAAGUCAUAUUCACACAUGGAGGGAGAAGCUACAAAAUCUGACUCAAAGGUCUGAGGAAUCCUUCAAGGAGUACACCCAACAGUGGAGGGAACUAGCUGCUAGGGUACAACCACCUUUACUAGAAAGGAAACUAAUAGACAUGUUUAUUGGAAACCUACAAGUCCCAUACCAAAACAGAAUGGUGAGGAGCACCUCUUCGGGUUUUUCCGACCUAGUCUUAGCUGGCGAAAGGAUCGAAAAUAUGAUCAAGAUGGGAAAGAUUCAAAACUCUGCAAGUGCAUCUAGUGCAGCAAAAAAACCUUUUUUCUUUAUGGUAAAAAGAGAGAAGGUGAGACCAAUGCCACAACCAUCAUCUGAACCAGAAAUACCACUUACCAAUAAGUAG